AUGGAGGUGCCAGAAGCCACCUGCCCUGCCUUGCCUGCCAGGGACCAGCCAGCUCCUGCUUCUGGCCCCCCAGGGGCCCCAGGUGGGCAGGCCUCGCCUCACCUGACCCUGGGCCCCAUCAUCCUGCCCCCAGAGCAGGGCCUGGCCCCCACCCUGUUCCUGAAGGCCCUGCCUAUCCCACUGUACCACACAGUGCCUCCGGGGGGCCUCCAGCCGCGUGCCCCCCUCGUGUCAGGCAGCGUGGACGGGGCCAGCGUGCCCUUCAUUCUCAGCCCCCUGCUGCAGCCUGAAGGGCCCGGUCCCACCCAGGGGGGGAAGCCAGCGGCCCCAGCGCUCACCGUGAACUUCGUGGGUGCUCUGCCCAUCCUGUCACCGGGCCUGGGCCCCGUGCUGGGCAGCCCCGGCAAGGUGCGCAACGCCGGCAAGUACCUGUGCCCGCACUGCGGCCGGGACUGCCUGAAGCCCAGCGUUUUGGAGAAGCACAUCCGCUCCCACACGGGUGAGAGGCCCUUCCCGUGCGCCACCUGCGGCAUCGCCUUUAAGACCCAGAGCAACUUGUACAAGCACAGACGGACCCAGACACACCUCAACAACUCCAGGCUGUCCUCGGAGUCGGACGGCGGGGGAAGCAGCCUCCCGGAGGAGGGGGACAAGGCCGGAGUGCCUUCCGGGACCCACGGGGCACGAUCAGAGAGACCCCUUUCUCCGGGCGCCCAGGCCUCUGGGCACUGCCUGCUGCCUACGGCGCAUCUGUCCCCGGUUGCCAAGAACCUGGACCUGAAGUUGGACGCGGCUGCCUGUCCAGGGUCCACGUUCGAUGUCAGGGAGGCCCCUGUGGACUCUGCCCCGGGGCUCCCGCUGGCCAGCUCGCAGCCGAGGCGGAGGCUGCCGGAGCAGCGGUCCCCGACGGCCAGCAGGCCGGGCUCCGCGCCGCAGGUGGAGAAGCCCGGGGGUGCCAAGCCCUCGGAGGGCCGGCUGCGGAAGUGCGAGAGCACCGACUCGGGCUACCUGUCCCGCUCGGACAGCGCAGAGCAGCCGCCGGCCGCCGGCAGCCCCCUGCACAGCCUGUCCGAGCACAGCGCCGAGUCCGAGGGCGAGGGAGGCCCGGGGCCCGGGCGCGCGGAGCGGGCGGCCGGCCUGGAGCUGGAAAAGAGGCGGCUGGAGGAGCGCAUCGCCAGGCUCAUCUCUCACAACCAGGCCGUGGUGGACGACCCCCAGCUGGCCCACGUGCGGCCCCGCAAGACGGUCCUGUCCAAGCAGGGCAGCAUCGACCUGCCCAUGCCCUACACCUACAAGGACUCCUUCCACUUCGACCUGCGGCCGCCGGAGCCCAGGAGGACGCCUGCCGCCCUCCGCGCCGCGCGCUCCACCUGCGCGCCCCCGGACAGGGCGCGGCCCCUCUUCUUCCACUCGGUCCCCACGCAGCUCUCCACCGGCACCGAAUGUGUGCCGGUCACCCGGAGCAACUCGCUGCCCUUCGUCGAGGGCACGGGGACGUGGCGGGAGCCGCCGGACCCCCGGGACGCCUGGUCCCGGAGGCAGAAGCCUCUGAGCCCCAGGCCUGCCCCCGCCCGACUGGCCGAUGGCCCUGGCGGUCACCCCCGGGCCCUGGUCAGACAGGCUGCGGUGGAGGACCUGCCGUGUCCCCCGACGGGAGACGCCUCGGCCCCGGCGGAGGACCCAGAUGGAAAGAGACCGUCUGCGGGGGAGGGACAGGCCGGCCAGGGCCAGGCGGCUGGUAAGCAACGCGGCCAGAGGAGGCUGAAGAUGUUCUCCCAGGAGAAGUGGCAGGUGUACGGGAAGGACACGUUCAAGAGCAUCUACCAGAAAACGAAAGCCGGCCACCACGGAGGCAAGAAUGCUAGGGAGGUCACAGCGGGCCGUGGGGUCGCGCUGGACCGUCCUCUCCAGCAGGAUGCAGGGGGUGGCGGGCGUGCAGCCCCCUCCCAGGACGGGAGGAGGCCCCCGGGCCCCGAGGACACUGCCGUGGAGGCCAGGCCAGCGCCUUGUGCAAGCCCACCGGCCCGGGAGGGCCUCUUGGUGACUGAGCCCCCCAAGCAGAGAGAGACAGUGGCCAGAGCCGGAGGCAGGGACCAGCCCCGUGUGAACAGGGCUGCCUCACGCCCCGCAAACGGGAGGCUGGAGCUGGGGUGUCAGCUGCUCCCAGCACCCAGUCCUCCCAAAGGAGGUGACCUAGAGGCUCCCAGGCAGGGUCUGCCGGACCCCAAGCUGGAAGGUGCCACCCGGGGUGGCGGAGGGGACGCCAAGGAGACCUGUCAGCAGGCCCACGUGGUCCCGAGCCGGCCGGGCGGGAGCUCCGGGGAGCCCCAGCCCACAGAGGACAAGCUCCCCUCGGAGAGGAAGAAGCUGAAGGUGGAGGCGCUAAGCUGCCAGGAGCCCCCGGGAGCAGGAGGAGAGACCCCGGGGGACCCCAUGCAGGCUGCCUCCCCGCCCCCUCAGAACCAGGACAGUGACCCGGGGGAAAAGCCAGGGGGGCUGCCUGGAGGUGGCGACUGCACAGCGAGGGGCAGGGCUGGGGCCCUGAGGCAGGCAGGGCCUCGGGACACGGAGCCUGCAGCCCCCGGCUGUCCCUCCCAGCUGGCCUCGCAGCCUCGGGCCCCCGGCGUCCUUGCUGCCCCAGUGGACGUGGCCUUCCCCCCACAGUACCUCCUCAGGUUACCCCAGGGAGAGACCCGUCGCCCGCCGCCCAUCCCCCAGAAGCUGGACCAAGGCCGGGGCCUUCUCUGCAGGAGAGGGGGACCUGAGGAACGGGCAUCCUCUUUGGAGUCAGGGCUGGAGGCCCCCCUGCUUCCCAGCCCAACCUCAGGCCAGGCCCCUGGCGGAGCAGACAGCUUCGGGGAGGACCCCAGCUGGUCCACGCCGUGCGACAGGAGAAAGGGGGUGCAGGGAGAGGAGAAAGGAGGCUUGGACACUGGCACCCCAGCAGCUGGGGUCCCCAGGGGGGCAGCCUCCUUUCCGCCCACGCCAACGUGUGACUCUUGGAGGAGUGGGACCCAUGACACCCAACAAGUCUGCAGUAGCAGCACCUGGGCGCAGGCCAGGCCCUCUGGGGGCGUCCUCCAUCCCUGGGAGUCCACUGGGGAGCUGGGGGGGCCUCCCGAGGGUGCCCCGCGGGGCCCUUCUUCAGGGCCACUAGCAGGGCUCCGUGCUGGCUGCUCCCGCCAGCCCGGCUCCUUCCUCUCGGCCCUCCCGCCCCCGGGCUGGCCUGAGCUGGCCUUGCGUGCACCCGCAGAGGCCCCCGGGAGCUGCAGGGCCCAGGGCCCUUUCCCCUCGCUGAGGGCUGAGCCCCGGCUCACGUGGUGCUGCCUGAGCCGCAGCCUCCCUCUGUCCAUGGGGCGGAGGGAGAAGGACGCUGCCGUGCAUCUGGCGCUGCACUUCCCUGGUGGCAGCCUCUCGGGUGAGGGUCCUGACGCCCAGCCGGUGAGCAAAGCAGUGUCUGGAGGAUGGACCGGGAUAAGCCCUGGAGAAGGAGGGCAGACGCAGACGUUGAAGCUCUCCGACCCAACAGCCCCAGGGAUGCCAUCCCAGGACUGGAUGUCUGAGCCAGAGCAGAAGAAAGGAUGGCCUCAUAGGAGGGCAAAGAUGCCUCGUGGGAGCAGCAAGCAGAAACAGCUGAGCAUCCGCUCCAAAAGGUACAAAGGGAAUUUCUUGCAAAGCCGUUUCCAGCUGAGAGCCAGCAGACUGAGGAAGCCACACUGGGUGCUGAGAAAAGACGGCCGUUCACCCCCAUCCGAGGGGCCGGCCCCACGCAGGACCUGCGGGCAGCCUUCUUCAGAAACGGCAGGUCCUGCCCCUGAUGGGGAGCCACCCUGUGCUGCCUCAGAAUCAUCUCUUUGUGUUGGGGACGGAGAGAAGGGGGAAGAGGAGAAGGAGGGCAACAGACACAGCUCGGGAAGCUCCUGUCCUCACCCAAGUUCAAGAACGGUCAGGGAAGCAGACAGAUUGACCUCGAAGGAGAUUUCUCCAGCUGCCGGCAAGCACGGGGACCGUCGUCCUCAGAAUACAGCUGUGAGGUCAGGAUUCUCUCCGCCACCCGACUCCUUGGUGGCAGUGGCUAAUGACAGACUUCCAGCCCGUGGCAAAGGUCUGGACGUGGGAUUGCUUGAGACUCGCCUGCCGCCCCCCCAGGAGCAAGUCUCAACAGACCCCACACCACGCAUUUUCUCAGAUGCUCAAGAGCCUUCUUCCUUUGAGUCCCAAGGAACCUCUCUCGGCCAUGACCUUGCUACCUCUGUGGCUGCCUUUCGUCCUUCUCUGGGGGAAAGAGCAGGUCACACAACCCUGGGAAUUCACAGUGUGGAACCACAAGACCACAGCCAGGGUGCAAGGGACACUCUGACACAAAGCUCCCCCGACAGAAAAACGAUAGCAGAGGGUGUGUCCCCAUCACUCUUGCCAGGGAAACCUUCAUCUGGGCGGAGACUUUCAGGUUCAGUUCCACUGGGGUCCACUGGAAAAACUCAUCUUGAAAUACCAGCUUCAGGACCAGGCUCAGCUAGUUCACACCAAGAGGAAGGGAAACACAAGACAUGUUUCCCUUCCGGGGUGCAAUACGGGUGUGGGGAAGGGCUGGUCCCCUGCCGUCCCGUAGGAAAUGACGGUGGGAAAUGUCAAGGGUCUGGAUUCAUCGCUCUAAAGGAUGGUGUGGUUCCGUCUAGCCCAGGGCAGCCCACGGAGGUCCCUGCAGCCCCUUCGAAAACCCUCAGGAAGAGGAGUUUGGAAGGAAUGAGAAAGCAAACUCGUGUGGAGUUCAGCGACACCAGCAGCGAUGAUGAAGAUCGGUUGGUGAUAGAGAUCUGA